AUUUAUGAAUAUCAAAACCCAACUAACUCAGAAAAUAUCUUCAUUUCUAAGAGUACUGAAACCUUAUCCUAUAACUUUGCUCAAUUCAUAUCAUAAGAUCAAAAAUCUUGAAUGAUAUAAGGGGAAAAAAGAAAAAGAAAAAGAAAAAGAACAAGAGAAAUGGAGUCUUCGAGGAUGCCAAAUAGGAGUGACACACACUUGAGCAAAGAGGAACAAGCAAAAAUAGAGGAAGAAACCAAGGAGUAUUUUGAUGGCUUAGCUCCUAAGCGUCACACUAAGCCACAACGUAGCGAGUAUUCCACCAAAUACGUCGAUGUUAACAACAACGAUUCCUCCGCGAUCCCUGAAUAUGUCAAGUUUCAAUGCCUCGAAAAUGAUCAAGAGAAAAAAGAGUACGAGAAUGAAAGCCAAGCGAGUGAGGAGUUUGUGGAGACAGAGUAUUACAAGGAUCUGAAUUGUGUGGAUAAGCAACAUCACACGACAGGAAAAGGAUUCAUCAAGAUGGAGAAUGACAAUGAGAAAUCUUACUACAUUGCUCCUGAUCUCGACCUCGCCCAUCACGCUUCUUCCCAGGGAAAUCCAGCAACGAAUGACUGGAUACCGUCUGCAGAUGAUCAGGUUACUCUUGCUUCUGAUAAGCCAAAAAGGAGCGACAACUAAGCUGCUGUCUCUUGCUGCUUGUGGGAGUUCUUAAGUAGAAUUUUAGUAUGAUUCAAAGUACCUAUGUAUCUCAAUAAUAAGAUUAUUUACCUGGACACUUAUGCUAUCUAUCAGUUUUAUAUUUGACAGUUCCCAGUUCUAGGCA